AACCCGUCUUUUAAGAGCAGUUAAUGUUUUUAAUGAAUAUUAAAGAUAAAUAACAACAAUCUGUACAGCAGAAAACAUCUCAUCCACACUCGUCACUAUUUUUCUGCUUCUGGUAAAAGAAGACGACCAACUCAUUCUGAAUCCCGCCUGCUAAACUCUGAUUGGCUCGUUGUUUUUCCAUCUGAGGACAGCCGUCAUACAUCAGCAGACCUGUCUGAACUGUUGAAAAAUUAGAUGAUAGAUGUGGAUGGAGAUUCAGGUUACUGUGAGAACUUUACAUCAUCAAUAGUUAGUUAAGAUUUGAGGAAUAAGGGUUCAGUAUUUGUGUGCUGUAAAGAAAAAUCACUGUCUGUUUUUAAGCUAAUUGUCACAAAGAUGAAAGUCCCCGUAUAGACCAGGUCUGUGUACUAUAGACAGAGCUAUAGGGCCUUCAAAACAUGCACAUUUUGUAAAUUUGGGCCUGUUAGCUAACACAGUUUCCACCCUGGUUAACAGAUCCAGAUGUUUUUUCUUUCAAGCUCUGAGCGUCUUAAUGAGAAAUAUGGAGAGAAUGAGGAGCAGCUGGGAUGUAAAGUGUUAAAGGUCCUGAAACCUGUGGAUUUAUAGAUCUCUCCUGCUGCUUUUUACAUGCUCAUCACAUCUGGGGCAGGAGGCCCCCGCGUGCCUGCGGCGGCGGCGGGACAGGCGUCUGCAUGUCUGCCGUCAGGACGGACACAUAAAUACCUGGACGUCCAGAUGCUGCUUUCACUGUCAGACUGUCUGCAGGUGGAGACAGAAGAGGAGACACCAACAUGGUCCCACUGAGGCUGGUCGCCUUCGGCUUGCUGGCUGCAGCUUGGUAUUUCACUCGCGCUGCAGAGGGAGAGGUCAUCUACGCCUGUCACAAUGACACUGCUGAGAUGUCGUGUGAGGUCGGCAGUAAGAUAAAGCUGGAACACAUCCUGUAUAAGGUCGGCGUGGGGACGAGGUGCGGGGAGGGAAAAGCCCAACCUGACGACGGACCCGACAACUACUGCUCCUUCCCCUGGGCUGAGAUGGUGGUGGAGGAUCUCUGUGGUAACAGGAGGUCCUGUCUGGUCCCCGUCACUGAGCGGGUGUUUGGUGAAUAUCCCUGUAAGGAGCAGACCAGAUACCUGGAGGUGUCCUACACCUGCGCCAAACCACCUCCCCCACCUCCUCCUCCACCUCCACCCAAACCUGACUGUGAAGACAAACCAGCCGUUGAAGCCUGAUGUUCAACAUUCAGCUUUUAAAACUUUAUUGUUCAUGACUGUUGACAUAACAGCAUGAAGACACGUGACCUGCAGCUCUGACGUCACACCGAUCAGACGAGUUUGUUUACCGUCUGACCAACCAGAAGGAUCUGAAGAUACAUCAACUUUAUAAAAACUCAUGUUUGUGUGUUUCAGAAGUGUUUGAAUUCAUGUAAAUGAGUCAAACUGAGAAAUAUUUGAGAUUAUUUAGUCAAGAAACUGUCUUGACUGAUUUUAAGACAAUAAAAUAAG